GGAAUUUCGGUUCUGUUUGUCAGAAUAUGUCAAGAGUGGGAUUUUGGGGAGGCGAAGGCCUAAAAAACAGCAACUAAUAAACUGUCCUUACUACUUUUUGUUUGUCUCAUUACCUGCUUUUACCUUAUUCAUUAUUAAGAUAUAGAAUUUUAAAUGCAUCGUAAUUUUUUUCUCUAUGAGAGGCUGAGUUUAGCUCGCACGUAAGGAUGGAGGCAUAAAUUUUCUGAACUGAUUCACCGCGAAUGCCCCCGAUUGUACUAUAGGGACUUUUAUCAUACCCAACUAAAGGCCACUUGCACCAAUCCUGGGUAAGCCACUAACUCGGAGUUAACCGUUAACCCAGUGUCAAAUUUUACUGGUAACCAUGAUAACUCCAGGUUUAACCAGUUAACCCCUAAUGGCUAACCCUGGAAGGCGAAAGUGACCCGAAGGAUCACAAUCCUAUUACCCCUACGGCUGGAUUCGAAUUUUAAGAUACGUCGAACAUUUGUAAGAGAUAAGAUUUAGAUUACAUAUGUCAGUGUCAAAAGUGAAGUUUCUUCAAACAAAAACGUCUCUUGACAUUGACAUAUCCAAUCCAUAUCGUAUCUUUAGGAAACCUUUGACGUAUGUUAAAGUUCGAAUCGGGCCAAUAGUACUAUUAAGUGAAAAAGUGAAAACCGAAAAACUCACCGAAAAACGUCUUAGGUGGUACGGCCACGUGAACAGGCGUAGUGAUUAUCAUGUCGUCAGGGUCGCAUUAAAAAUUCCGGAACGUAAAAGAGGCCCAGGCCGCCGUCCGUUGACCUGGUGGUCAAACAUAGAAAGAGACCUCAAUCUAUCCCAGAUGUCAAAAGAGACAACCCAAAACAGAGUAACUUGGCGCAGAAGAGUGAGGAGAUCCGACCGCAAAUAAAGGGAAUUGGGAAAGAAGAAGAAGAGUACUAUUAAGUGAAUACAUAAACUAUUUCAACUGGAACAGAAUUGCAUUUCUUUUGUUUCGUUUGAUUUAAAAAUAGAAUAUUUUUCUCUUGUACGGUGAGCCUCAGGAGGAUAAGUAGGUACAGGAAGAUAAUACACAAUAGCCUUUUAAAGCGCUUCAGCAGAGGCAUCUUUGAAUUUCCCUCAAAUGACCACGCAUGCGCACAAAUAUGUGUCAGGGUCGUGUCGCGACUCAAGGUCAUCGCUGUUUCUACAGCAACCCGACUCCAUACUUGACAUUUCGUACCCCAAUAUCGGGUCCGACAGUCGUGUUUGUGGAAAAAAUAGUGUUUUCCGUGCCAAAAUGGACCUGGUGCCACCAUUUACUGUUCAAGCUGCGUGCAGCGUCCAACCUCUAGAAGAUUACGACGGUCCUCGAGCCCCCCUGCUCCGACAAGUUUCUCUGGACGAAGAACGCCGUGACGACUGCCGGGGGCACUGGCGGGGCUCUCACCUCCUUGGUGAAGAGGAGGAGAAGGGUAUCAGACUGUUUCGAGCACUGCUGCUGCAGCACCUGAGGCUGGAGGAGCUGAGGCCGCCGCCGUGUAUUGUGGCAAGCGCGAGGCCUGACCCAAGAGGCUGGUGGAUGUACUGGCGAGACUGGCGAGCACUCGAGCGAGCAAUCAAGAGGUUCAGGAACACGAAGGCCAGAGGUCGGUUGGCUGAAAGGGCUGAAGAUAUCCCCCUUCUCUGUCUCGACGAGGUGGCCUUUGAGGACAUCAUGCAGGAGCUUUGCCAGGCCUGCGCCCACGUGGAGCAGCGAGCGCUGGUGGUGCUGGCGUUCCUCUGCGAGGUGUGCGCGCGCGCCGUGAGGGUCGGGGGCUGGUGCCGCGCCACCGACUGGGCCGCCACACAUGUGGCACAGUACGCCACGCCCUGGGCUAUUAGGCAUGGCGGAUGGAGUAAUGUGGUAGAAAAAGCCGGAGGCUGUCGUCGUGAAGAGAGCACACUCCUAGCUGGUGCAGCAGUAGCAGCACUUCUAGCAUUUCUUCUCUUCUGCCGCACUCGUCUGCGACACUCUAUCCUCUAAACAUCGCCACACGCACACUUGGAUUUCGCUUACCCCAUUGAUUGGCGCAGAUUGCCAAUCAACGCAAUCGAUUCAUUCUAUUGGCUAACGCCUACUUAGAACGAUGGGUGCGCUCUAUUGCCUAUUCAAAUUUCAAAUUUCGAAGAUACAAGUAUAACGAUUUGUAAUGGCAACGGUGGCAACGAGUUCAACUGUCGGGUUGAGAUGGAUUGUCAGGAAAUUGUAAGACUAUCUUUUGGAGCUUUAGAAGGUGUGGGUAUGGGUGUGAUACUAAGGGCAAUUUAAUACCUAAAUUAACUGUUGUAGAUCAUCAAGUGAUACCUGGACGACCGGACGAGAUUCGAACCCGUUACACUCGUUUAGCUGUCCGCGUCUUAACCCGCUGGGCCAGACAGACAGUGGCCGGCAACACGAAAUUAGCGACCAUAUUCUGCGUCGAAAGAAAAACGCAUGAAAACUCGAAAACACGCGUUUUCCCAAACAUAAGACUAAUCUAGAUCGAUUGUUUACCCCCAGAAACCCCCAUAUACCAAAUUUCAGCAAAAUCGUUAGAGCCGUUUCCGAGAUCCCGGAAAUAUAUAUACAUAUAUAUAUAUAUAUACAAGAAUUGCUCGUUUAAAGGUAUAAGAUAUGGAAUUCAACUUGUGAUUACAGUAGAUAGACUUUCGAGAGUUUAACGGUUUAACCAUCUGAAGGCAGAUAAUUGUGGACUAAGUAAAGUUUUCUACGUAUUUUAAGAAUAAAUGAGCCAAACGUGUAUGACAAUUAUUCUAAGAUGUCGUUUAGAUAUAGAAUUUGAGACCUAAUCGUAUUGGUAAUAAUACUUCGCAUUUUGCUUAGAUUUCGGCUUAGCUCAUAUUUUAGUGUGUUAGCGUUUUGGCAAAUUUAAAUUAUAUUAAAGUUGGAAUUUCAUUCAAUGUGACUGCUACAUAAUGCCUAAUUAUUUACAGUUACAUGCACUGCUUUAUCUACAUCAAUAUCAUAAGCUUAAAAAAAAAGUAAUUUUAUGCUUACAAAUUAACUAUAAAGACAAACUAAACAUCAAAUGGCGGUAAUGCAAAAUUUUUCGCGCAUCCAUUGUUUGUUUUAAAUUCAGAGAUAAACUAGAGUCGAGGGCCGACUGCCGUAUCGUUCGAUAUCAAGUAACAUGCGAUCUUUUUCAAAUUUGCUUGCAACUGACACUUCAUUUCGAAUAAAACGUCAUCUCGACUGAUAUUAAGGGGCCCACUGAUGAAGUCCGCUGGACGGUAUCGGUAUUGUUCUAACUGACAGGCCGAUACCGUCCGGCCGACUGUUGAACAGGGGGCCUACCGCGAAAACCGAAAUUCGCAAAUUGCGGGGAUCUUUCUCUUUUACUUUCACUAAGACGUAAUUAGAGUGACAGAUUUUCGCCUGCAAUUGACGAACUUCGAUUUUCGCGGUUAUACGAGUAGCCCAGUGGGCCCCAUUAGAAUAGAGGCCAAAUAUUUUUUUGUUUCUCAGAGAUGUUCUAAAUUUGAAUGUUAUUGAGGUAUUAGUUAUCGAUAACGUAAAGUUUAACGUAACGUCCUAUGAUAUUUAUUUAUUUAGUUUAAAUUACGAUUUAUCGUUUCUGAAUAUAUUAUAGGAAGGCCAUGAUAUGGAUGUAGAUAACUAUUAACGCCUAGUUUUCUAUAUACACUCAAAUAAUAUCUAACAAUACAUUUAAUACCUAAUUAUCUGACAAUAAUGAAACUUUUUUUGAGAUUCCUCUUUACCCGGUUGUCAGACAAAUAUCAGGAGCCCAAUGCAAAUAUGUAUCAAAACCUUAACAAGUAGUUAAGUCGUAAUCGGGCUCCGGGUUAUGUUUUUACGAGUAAGUCAUUUUUUUACUUGUGCACAUUUAACUAUUCUUUACGACUCUUUUCUACUCCUGUCAUUGUUGUUUCCUAACUACUUAAAUUAGAGAAUUUUCAAAAUAAUUCCAACAACAUUUUUACACAUUGCUUGGCUACUUAAUGUAUGUUCGCAUUUAUGUAAAUAGUUUGCAUAAAAGUACCUAAAGGUCUAAAAUAUAGACAUAAACAUAAAUUUGUAUUAACUGUCUUUCACAAGUGCGGGGAAACUGCAGCGUUCGGGCGUUCUCGGCUCUGUUCGGCGCUGCUAGGAACAAUUAUUAGGGUUAGCAAAACUAGACGUCCUUGUGCCUGCACAACCACAGAUAAGAUAAUAUCUUGAAUUUUGGCAACCCUAAAUAGCCGAAAGGGAUAGUGCCAUACAUUAGAAAGGUAUAACAUGAUUCAUCCAUGAAUCGCUGUCAAACUUUGGUUUUGUACGGAGUUUACUUUCUGUAUGGUAGUACUAUUAUUUAUUCUGUGCUUGCAUCUUAUUUCCGAAACAAAGUAAAAGAAAAUUAUACUGAAACCCUGGAAACAGUUUGUUCAGCAGAAUCCGGUCCGAUGUAGGUUUUUACUGUUCUCCGUGGAAAAAACGUCAACUUUCGGCACACUGCGCUAACCAAAGUUACCGAUUUCCGAUUACGUCGAACAGAAAAAUAGUAUACACACUUUGGGCAGUAAAUAAGAAAGUUUCAGUUCACAUUUAAGGCUAAUUGCCUGAUUCGAAGAAUGAUUUAGCCACGUUUAAGAUCUUUAAAAUAUCGAUAACUAAACGAAAUGUCAAAAUUGACGUUUAUUUCGAUUCCGCUGUGAUCCCAAUAAGAUCUAGCUACGAUAUUUCUAACGUCAAAGUGAUAUUGGUUGCCCGAAUCGAGCUGCAUCUGUCAAUUAUACGACAUACAAACGAUAUCUAAAUGAGAACUUAUCUAAACCAGAACUUAUCGUUAUCGUCGUUCUUCGAAUCGGGCCGUAAGUAUACACUUAGCACUUGUGCUUAUUUGUUGUUGAGACGCAGCAGAGCAGAUUUUGUAAAGUAUAGAACGUCCUUGCGCCGCACUGUGUACAGCUAAAGGACGUUCGAUACUUAACAAAAUUUGCUCUGUCCUGCGCUGCGUGGGACUGCGUCGCCUGGUGCCGCCUCAUGAAGUAAAAAGCAUUUUACUCAUUCUCGCUACGAGUAGCUUUAGCAAAAUUGAUUAAUUUAUGAUUUAGGAAUGUGUUUUAUACUUUGAACUUCUGUAUUUACCUAUUUGCAAUAUUUUGCUUGCAAUGAUAUUUUUGUAAAAAUAAAAGCUAACAAUUAAUUUUUAAGGGAGAAUAUUUCCGAUUUUUUGAUAUUUUGCUGAUAGUAAUAAUCUAGUUUUUCAAAUCACACGAAGAUAAAUAAAUAUAAAAAAUAUCAGUCACUUUUUCAUCUCACGAAACUGUCCAGAGUGUAGGUAAGUUUCUAUUAUUGUUAAUAAUUAUUUAGAUUUAAUAAAACAAUAAAUAAGUAUAUUAUUGUUAA